GGCCUCUUAGUACUUCUGGGACGUGAGGAUGGGUGCUGUUGUACCUGUUACACGGGUUGGGCAGCUGGGGUCCACGGAAGGGCAGCGGCUGGCCCCAGAUCGGUCAAAUAAGUUAGGGCAAAAGCAGAACUUGCUGUAGAUCCUUUUCUCCUGUUCAUAUCCUCUAGUGCCGGGCCUGGAUCUCUUUCCCGGGGGAGUUCUAUACCCCAACUCACGCUGUGACCUAGAACCAGCCAGUCGUUGCCUGUCGCUGCGCCUGUUUUCCUGAGCCAUGUCCACCUUGUUCCCCUCACUCUUCCCCCGUGUGACUGAGACACUGUGGUUUAAUCUGGAUCGACCUUGUGUGGAGGAGACAGAGCUGCAACAGCAAGAACAGCAGCAUCAGGCCUGGCUCCAGAGCAUCGCAGAGAAAGACAACAACCUGGUACCUAUUGGCAAGCCAGCCUCAGAGCACUAUGAUGACGAGGAAGAGGAAGAUGAAGACGAUGACGAGGAUAGUGAAGAGGACUCAGAGGAUGAUGAGGACAUGCAGGACAUGGAUGAGAUGAAUGACUACAACGAGUCACCUGAUGAUGGAGAGGUCAAUGAGCCUCCUCUCCAGGUGGACAUGGAAGGCAACGAACAGGAUCAGGACCAGUGGAUGAUCUAGGUAGACAAGGCAGGGUGGCCCCAGGGAGAUUCCAGGCCAGUCCAACCUACCCUGCACCCCCUGCAGAACCAGCUGAUCGCCCCAGUGCCUGAAAGCUCACCCUCGGGCACCUCCUCAGCUGCUGCCAGGACCUGGUCUCCUUGGCCCCUCCCGGGCGGUCAGUCUGCCCUUGAAUCCCCAGGGCCUGAGCCCACGUCACUUUGCUGGCCAGUACCUCACUCCUUUAUUGCCAUGUAUAGUCUCUUUCUAACUCUCUUUAAUAAAGACACAGGACUGAUUUUUUCCCCCA